AUGUCUGCCCCUCCGAGUUCUCUCGGGGAGAGUAAUACAAUUUCAGAAAUAUUGAUACCUGAUGACUUCUUUAAGUACCAGCUUGAGUCACAGACAGAAAUUCGGCAUUUGAUUGAUGAUAUUUUGGCAAAAAGUCUUUUUAUCGCUAGAAAACAUGAGUUAAUGAAUGAAAAAAGCAAAUACGCUGCAAAAACAAUUGCUCAGGAACUCCUUUUGAAUGCAACUGCCGCGGCAUUUACUUUAGAUACAGAAAUUACAGAUAUUGAUGCGGAUGAAGACAUAGAAUUACCAAAACCAGAUCAAUGGUGUAGUGGUGUUAUCCCUCUUAUCACUCCGGAUUCGAUUAAUUUCAGAACUACAGUUUUACCAGAAAGAAAUAAUCCUCAUGUCAAUUUGCCAAAGCCACAGAAGAAAGAACCUGCUGCAACUCCAUCCCAAAAUCAGCCAAAGCAAACUUCUCAGCAGUCAUCGCCUUCGAGACCUCAAAAACUUACAAAAGAAAUGAAAACUCCAACAAUGUCUAAACAGGAUGCAACUCGCUCCAGGUCAAUGUUAUCACAAAGCUAUAUCAAAGCGAAUAUUACGCCUGCAACUCAAAUUCUUAAAGCAUUUGAAAUAUCCAAGAAACAAACGCAAGGAUCCGGUCGAAACUUUACAGUGGAUCAAGAGAACAACAUAAUACCUAUCCACGAUCCCAAGCAGCUAGCCAACGUGUUGAUUGUACCAAGAAUUGCCGCAAAACGAUCAAAACCUGAAGAAGUUGUUGCUCAGCCACGAAAAUACAAGCCUCCACCUCCGAUGACCAGGAUCAGUAACAAGAAGAAAAAGGCUGUUUCGAAGCUUAUUAGCCCCGAUCAGCCGAUAUUUGACGAAGAUAUUCCGGAUUACUCGCUAGACAAGAUAGCUGUGAACCCUGGCGUUACUAUAAAAGAUGGCCAGAAUGUAAGGAAUAUUCCGAAGCCAGAAGUUGAAGAUAAAAUUACAAAAGCUCAAUAUGACGAAUAUAUUAAGACUUUGAAAGCUUCACAAGAUGUUUGA